AUGAGCGCAGAAGACACUAAAGGAGACGUUAAAGCUGAAGGCAAGGAGCAACACAUCAAUGUUAAAGUGGUGAGUCAAGACGGAGUGGAAGUAUUUUUCAAGAUCAAGAAAAGUACACCUUUGAAGAAGUUGAUGGAGGCUUAUUGCAAGAGACAAGGUCUCAGUGCAGCUUCUGUUCGUUUUGUUUUUGAUGGAAACAGAAUUAACGGAAACGAAACGGCUGAUGAAUUAGAAAUGGACGAUCAGGAUGUUAUUGACGUGCUUGUUGAACAAACUGGUGGUUUUUAA